ACCCAUGAGUGGAAAGCAUUCGGACGCCGGCCCUUGAUUGCCAUGGCUGGGUGGGAUCGUGGUGCGCCCUCGCAAGUGGUGCAGAACAGUUUGCAAUCCAGACUGGAUUCCAAGGAGAUUCCGAAGUGGAUCUGCGAGUGUGGUGCUGCCAACCUCUCGACCUGGACCCACUGCACCAAGUGCUCCAAGCCUCCACGCCAGGACCGGGAACUGCGCAUGCAGGCCCGUGCGAUUCAGGGCCUUGGCAAAGGCGGUGGCUACUUCGAGCGCACCACCAGCGAGAUCUCCGGGGAGGUGCAGCGCGUGAAGGGGGGCCUCGACAUCUUCGGGCGCACCCGCACGGUGAGCAGCGGCGGAAGCGACCACAGCAGCCCCACCAGCCUACCGGUGGAAGUGCCUGUGGCUCCAGCAGCCACGGACAGCAAGGCGGAGCGGCAGAAAGCAGCGCUCGCACGGCUGAAGAACCCCAAGAAGAAACGUGAUGAGCUGUCGCCGCCGCGGACCCGAGUGUACCGGGAGAAGUCCUCCAGAAGUCGAAGCAUGGAGCGGCGCAGAGAAAGUAGGACCUGGCGAGGGAAUUAGCAAUUCCCUCAAAGAGGGCGCUGCACAAAAAAGCGAGAGGGGAGCGAGAAUUAGCUUGUUAC